AUGGCGGAGGGCCUUUUACAGAAGCGAGCAGCAACUACAGGAGGCAGAUUAGGGCCAAUAGAAAAAGAUGAAGUGAAGCCCAGGCCGAAAACACAUUAUCCAUUUAUCACUAAGAUACAGGUGACAGUUAAAAAAGACGAAACUGAGAAUGAAAGCACAUCAAAACACGACAAAAACUCCACAAUUCAAGCCCACAGUAUACGGCCAACGACUUUUACUUACAGAGACCCACCCGUGACUAGAUCAAGCAGUACAAACUCUUUUUACGAAGAGGAAUCAAAUUUUGUUCCCAGAAGAGAGUCAUUAGAUGAACUCCGCCGACAAAGACGGAAAAUUCUCGGCGAGAGGGCCUCGGCAAUGGAUGUUCGUCGGGGCAACGACUCGCUGUAUCGGCCUCGUUUCAGUGCCAAGGAUUGCACGGUGCAGUUGUUGCUGGUUCGAGAAUUAACUGAACAUUUGGAAAGUGUUGGUAGAGAGACUAGAAGCGCCCGAAGGCUGCAGAGGUUGCCAGCAUUUCAUAGCCGCGCGACGAAAGGGGAACGAGUGUUUGGCGUCAAUAAAUGGAACUACUAA